AUGGCUCAGGACGGCAACUAUGGCUUCGCGUUGUCCCCAGACCAAGGGUUCCAGAACUACCAUGGCAUUCCCAGCGACGUCUAUGGCAAUGGGCAGUCACAACAGAUGCACCAUCGAGCAUCAGAUCCUCUCGACCUGUCGCAAUUCCACAGAUAUGCGAAUUCAGCGAGCGACUUGCCUUUACACAACUUGACCAAGCCAGCGCACGACACAGCAUGGAAUUCCGAAUCGAUGGUACAGCUGUCACACUUCAUCCCGCCGAUAUGGAAUGGCAUGUCCAAGCCAGGAGCCAGAACGGAACCGAUACCAUACCAGGAUGUGUACAGGCAGAGUCCGCUCAAGUCAUCAGAAGUCUCCGAUUCUGCAUACGAGUCUAUGCCGACUUCAGGCGGAGCACAAGAAGUAUACACCACGGGCAACAACGCUCUGGCACGAGACUACUUCACAUCAGAUCUCAAGCCGAUCUCAACCGGUCUGCCAUCCAAGGCAAAUCCCUCUCGAAGUGUGAAGUCAGAGGGACAGUUUCUCAUCGCUCGCAACAACAGUCGAAGAAAACAGUAUAUCGGUCCCUGUCGAUUCCCUGGCUGCAAAAAGCAGCCGAAGAAUCAGUCGGAUGCAAAGUACGUCGAGCCAGCAUGUACUCGAGGUCUCUUGCCCAGGAAGCACGCUCUCACCCAUAGCAAGCCACAUCAGUGUCGUGAGCCGGAGUGCAGCCGCAAGGAUGGCUUCGCAACAGUCAAUGAUCUCGAAAGACACAAGAAGAGUGUCCACAACAUGUACCCAAAGGUCGGCAACCCAGCAGGCUUCAUGUGUGCCGCUUGUCCGAUAGUCGAGGGUGUUCUAAGGAAAUUCUGGCCCAGACGGGACAACUUCAAGGCGCAUAUCAGAAGGAAGCACUCCACCUACAACGAGGAGCAGCUCUUAGAGAUGUCCAAACAGAUCAACAGACCUGAUGAUGCACAGACUGCCGAUGGAUUGUCUGUCUACGAAGCCGCACUUCGCUCAGCUCGACAGUCGCAGAUCGAUCCUAUGGAAGGCCAUAUACACCAGCAUUUGUCACCAAUCUUGGGUCAUCUGAUUGCAGAACACAAUGAUGGCACUGUGUUUCCUCCAGACUCGGCCAUAGAGUCACAAGGUGAUCCCAUCGCAUUUGCUGGUGGCCACAUGGACGACACUCUUUUGUUUGGAGGCCAACAGUACAACCUAUCACCCAUGCAACUGAACGUCAGCACAUUCCCUUUUCCACCACCCGCGGAGGGACACCCGACUCCAAUCCAGCGUGACUUCGCGCGCCCACAGGAGCAGCACCAGAUGCUUCCUAGCAUCCAGGUAACGACAUCAUCCCUUAGCGAGCCUCAAUCCGCCUCGGCGACCAGCACUUCCCAGUCCGCAGGCGGGGCCUCCAGCGCUCAAGGCCACUUUCCCUGUACAGAAUGCGGCAAGAUCAAAACUCGCGAGUGCGACUUGAGAAAACACAUGAAACGCCACACCCGCCCUUACGGCUGCACAUUUCCCUCCUGCACCAAAAGAUUCGGCUCCCGCAACGACUGGAAACGGCACGAGUCCUCCCAACACUACCUCACCGACAUGUGGAAAUGUCCACUGGGCUGUAGCCGUCGUCCGUACCUGCACGUCUCUCUACUGGAGGAGCACUUCCGUUCGCCACUCCACAAUGUCCACGAUCCAGAUCGAGUCAAGACCCUAUGUGAGCAAGGAAGACUCGGACGGGAAGGACACCAUCACUUUUGGUGCGGGUUUUGCAAGAGAUUGAUCAAACAGGAGAGGGGUGGAAUGCUACAGCAGGUGGGCAAUGCGUGGGAUGCGAGGUUCAAGCAUAUUGGGGAUCACUUCGAUAAGGAUUGUCUAGACAGUGGAGAUUGGGUUUGUGUUGAGGAGAAUAGACCGAAGUGGUGUACUACUGGGUAUGAAAAGGGUAGUGGAACGAAGCGGGGGAGUGUGGGUGGAAAGGCGGAGGAGGAGGAGGAGGGUGGUUUGCCGGAUGUGCGGUUGGAAGAGGGAGGGAGUAAUGGAAGGAUGAUGGGACAUGUUUGGGAUGCCGCGAAGAAGAGGAAGCUGGAGAAUUUUGGGGAGGAUGCGGAUGCGGAUGGGGAGAGUGAUGAUGAGAUGUAUCGAUAG